AGAAGUUUGUGUCUUUUGUAAAUCGUGUCGUUAAGUAUAUUUGAAAUAUUGUCACGUUACAGUCACUUGAAGAUGAGCCUGAUUUAGGCAAUAAACUGUCCACGCUAUGUUCAUUCAAAUCUUUAGGGGGAUUCAUAAUCUCCUUCCAUCGUAAACUGAUGCCAUUUUUACGACGCAGUUGUGUUCAUUAGUUUGGUUUAAAAAAAAACGAGGGCACGUUCUGGUCUAUGGGCUGUUUUUGCGGUGCACGGUUUCGGUCGGCUUCCUCCAGCAGUCCUGUUACGUGCUGUUAGGUGGAUUGCCUUCUGCACGUUGGGUGAAAUCGAGGAAACAGAGAACUGUUUAUCUGAACAGGGCUAUUGGUGUCAGAAGUGGGAUGUCACGCCGUCUGGUGCCUGGUUGCUUGGUGCUGUCUGACUGGUACCGCUCUGCUGAAAGCAAAGAGUUUUUCAGCAGUCUCUUGUACAAAAACCGGAGGAAGCACUUUGGAUUGCUUGAAGGUCCAGCCCUUCCUCUGAAACUGUCUGUUGAUACCGUUAGCUACAAAAUCUUUGUCUGUGGAAAGAGUGGAGUAGGCAAAACUGCAUUUGUUGCCAAGCUGGCAGGACUGGAAGUACCAAGCAUGCACCAUGAAACCACAGGCAUCCAAACCACUGUGGUGUUUUGGCCUGUUAAACUGAGAGAGAACGGCCGGAUCCUCAUGUUUCGUCUCCAGUUCUGGGACUGUGGGGAGAAUGCUAUUCGAAGGUUUGACCAUCUGCUACCAGCUUGCCGAGACCAAGCAGAUGCCAUGCUGCUUCUUUUCUCUUUCACUGAUCGUUCGUCAUUUGAUGACCUGUUUAAUCAGCUAGCAAGACUAUCUGGUCCUGAAAAUGGCAUACUCAAGUUGGUGGUGGGCACCAAAUUUGACCAAUUCAUGCAUACGGAUGUAACCGAGAAAGAGCUGAGGGAGUUCCAACAGGCUUGGGCAGUGCCAGUGUUUCGAUUCCAAAGCUCUGUCUCUGGAGUAAGCCAACCUGCACUUGAAGAUGUAGCACCACUUCUUAAUGGUCUGGCAGAACACCUCUGGAACCAGGACCAGCUGGCAGUCAGCUUGCAAACUGAAACAGGAGUCUGCUGACAAGAUGUUUGUAGCCACAUAUGUUUGGAAAUGGGAGAUUUGGUGUAGCCAUGCCGUACAGGAGCACUUCUUCCAAGGAAUUGAGUGCUGAAGCUGCCUCCUUGAUAAUGCAGGCCGUAGAAAGGAAUGGCUUAAUGCUCAAAAGAACAUACGUUACAACGGACAGAAAGCUGUCUGCAUCUACGCUGCUUAUGUUUGUACUGAUGCAUGAUGAAAUGUUCACUGCCAGGAGGAAACACUAGCCAAGUUUCCAACCAGUUUUUUGCGACGUUUUGUUAUCAACAAACAGAAUAUACGUAAACAAAUUGUGCGAAAUUUGCCGUCUCCAGCCUGUUUCCAUCCAACUGGCUUUUUAUUGAUAAAAUGGUGUGCGUGAUGACGUCAUCCCCUCCGAAACGAACUGUUGCAUAAGUUUUGUUGUAUCGCGGAAAAAAAUCUGCCCUUGAGCCGUUUCCAUAUAUAAUUUUGUUUAUGUCGCAAAAUAUCUAUCUUUUGUUUUCAACGUUACACCCCCUCCACUAAACAAAGAAAUGGAGAGAUUAUUCAGUUUUUUGAAAUUUGCCAGCU